AUGGAGGCUGUGGGGAGGAGUGUGGUGGUGGAGCUGGCCGGCGAGGUAGGAAGGGACCUGGUCCUUCCUGUAAGCAGCAGCAACACCACCUCCCCGCUCCUCAAGAUGAGGUCUAUCAAUGUGUGUGAAACCUCUGCUUUCCUCAUCAUGCCCUGCCCAGCCCAGUACACUCACUCUAUGAUUUCUGCCGUCCACUGCUGCAAGUCACAGAAAAGAAAAGAACAAAAAAAACGGACCAACGUGGAAUCAGGGAAAAUGCACAUCUCUUUGUCUCUUCUCCUCUUCUUCAUAGGUUCAGCCUCUGCCAAAAAACAAGGGGAUUUUGGCAUUUUUUCUGCUUGCAUCACCAAGAACAACAGCCUCAGGUUGGACUGCUAUUAUGCAGAGUGUCCAAGCUCUCCACCCUUCAUCUGUGAAUUUAUGACAUCAGACGGGUCGCUGCUCGCUAAAGGAACCAAUGAGAUGUGCCGGCUUUUCCUUCCAGAUCAUCCUCUGCUGCACGGCAACAAAACCACGAACUACAACUGCACGCUGACGCGAAGAAACAGGAGGGAAGAGAAGCAAAUCACCAUAGACUACAGCAUACGCACAGGAAAACAACGCAUCAAGCCCUGUCGCGCCACCACAGGCAUGCUGCUGCAAGAAGCACCAACCUUACUGUGGCCGAUGGUGAUUGUGUCCCUGUGGAGGGUUCUUGUUACAGACAGCCAGACAACAUGAGGCAUGAGCUGUGGAAGCUUUGACCAACAGAAAUGUAGUCAUUUUCACUUAACUGCUAAACAUUUGCUCUGUUUUAACAUGUUGUCUUCAGUCUACAGGUAAAUACACUUUGUUUUUAAUUUUACUUACAAAAAAUACAGAUUUUAGCAGAUUGUUCCUUUAAAGUGAAUGUUAAGAGAUGACAAGUGUCGGUGUGAUUUCAUUGUCGAAUAUGCUUCAUCUCCAGUGGUGGCUUGCCUGGAGGUGCUAUGAGGCAUCCUGAUAUGUACAUAUAUGACAAACUGAA